UAGAGCCAUGGCUGCUUUGCUCAACACAAGGCCCGUUUUCAUGCUCCUCGUUCCAUUACUACUGCUUCAUCGUGAUUUCGACACUUCUUUCAUAUUCCCCAAUUUUUCAGCGGCAUACGUGAACAGCCUUUUAUUCUUCGAAGGCGAUGCCUCUUCAUCAAAGGGUGUCAUACAGCUAACAAAGGUCCGAGAUGAUGGUAGAGUCGUGCCCAACAGUGUUGGCAGAGCCACCUAUGCUCUUCCUGUUCGCCUUUGGGAUGCACAAACUGGUAAAGUUGCAAGCUUCUCCACUUCCUUCUCUUUCAACAUAUCCUUUGGUCGAAGCAAUGGAGAUGGAAUCUCUUUCUUCUUGGGAGCAACAGAAUCUACCAUGCCCCUAAAUUCAUUUGGCGGCUACCUCGGACUCUUCGAUCCUAAGUUUGCUUUUACAAAUACCGACCGGAACCAAAUAGUUGCGGUUGAAUUUGACAUGCACCAGAAUCAUUGGGACCCUCCUUUUACCCACAUAGGCAUUGAUGUUAACUCCAUUACUUCGGUGGCAUCGGCGCAAUGGGAAAUGCAUCCUGGAUUGAUAACAGCAUUUGUGACCGUAACCUAUCAAGCUGCUUCACAAAGUUUGAGUGUGGUUGUCAAGAACGGACCUACGAUUAGCCUCAUGAUUGAUUUGAAGACGGUUCUGCCAGAAUGGGUGAGGGUUGGCUUCUCCGGCGCCACAGGACGGCUAACUGAAGUGCACCAGAUUCAAUCUUGGACUUUCGGUUCCAGCUUCGAUUAGGACAGUGGAGUCAUGAUGAUGUUACCUUAUUUAUUUCUUAUUAUGUUUAGGGUUACACUUUCUUACCUUUUUUAUGUCUUUGGGCAAA